UUUCGGCUUCUCCGAUGACUUUGCCUGUCUUCACUCUUCGACCACCAGAAAGCUAGAGUCUUUUUCUUCCUAUCUUCGCUUGCAGGGCCAUUAAACAAGAAAUGUGCAGAGGAGAUGGAUCUCUUAAGAAAUCUACCAGACGAGCUUCUUUGCCAUAUUUUGUCAUUCCUUACAACAAAGGAGGCUGCUUUGACAUCGGUUCUCUCCAAGAGGUGGCGAAAUCUGCUUGCUUUUGUCCCUAAUCUUGAUAUUGAGGACAAUGUUUUUCUGUAUCCGGAAAUGGGUAAAUGUGAUAGGGACGAUAUUCGACAGCUCUUCAUGGAGUUUGUUGAUAGAGUAUUGGCAUUGCAGGGUAAUUCUCCCAUUAUGAAAUUCUCCAUCAAUUGUGUUGGUGUUGAUUCAGAUAGAGUGGAUGCUUGGAUACGUAAUGUGAUGGUGCGUGGUGUUUCCGAGCUUCAUCUAUCAAUCGUUUUAGAUAUUCUAUCAGUGGGUAAGAAGUUUUGGGUGCCUCCAAAAUGUUUCGAGAGCAAGAAACUAGUUAAGCUAGAGAUAGGUUAUGGAAUUGAUAUUGGUUGGUUAGAUGGGAGCUUUUUCUUACCGAUGCUUAAAACUCUUGUUCUUAGCUUAGUUCGGUUAUCUGCUGAUACGUUUGAGAUUCUUCUUCAUGAUUUGCCUGCGCUUGAGGAAUUAGCCAUGGGUUAUAUAACCUGGAGAUUAGAUGAUGCUGCUGUGUCAGAUGCAAGUCUCAAGACACUAACAAUAACUUCCAACCAUUAUGUUUGCUAUUCUUAUUAUUAUUUAGGCACUUUUUCGGUUGAUACACCGAGUCUCGUUUACUUCUCUUACUCUGACUAUGUUGCUAAAGACUACCCCGUAGUUAAGAUGGAAAACUUAUUUGAGGCUAGGAUCAGCCUUUUGGUAACUGAAGAUCAAAUCGAGCGAGCAAGAGCGCCAAACAAUGAUUGGUUGGUCGAUGAUGAUGAUGGCAAUGUUGUUCUCCGAUUUGCAAAUGUGUGGAAGCUCAUGAAUGGCAUACGAAAUGUUCAGUAUCUGGACUUGUCUGCUAAUACUCUUGAGGUGCUUUCUCUAUGCUGUGACUCGAUGCCAGUGUUUAAAAACCUCAAAUCUUUAUCUAUUAUGAGUGAAGAGAGUCGAGGAUGGCAAGCAAUGCCAGUUCUUCUAAGGAACUGUCCGCAUUUAGAAACUCUAGUCCUUGAGGGUCUCUUGCACCAUGUUACAGAUAAAUGCGGGGAUGCUUGUGACUGCGUUUCUCGGGAGGACAAAGGUCGUUCACUCAUAUCUUGUCCAGUAAAAGUGUUAGAGAUUAAAGGGUUUCAAGGAACAACCAAAGAGAUGCACAUGAUAAAACAUUUCUUGGAUUAUUUUCCGUGUUUGAAAGAGACAAAGAUCUAUAUGGAAGAGAAUGAUCCUACACAACUCAAAGUCACUGAAGUUUCUGAAGUUAUCGCGGAGAAGAUGGAACUCAACAACAAGUCAUCGAGUUGCAAUAUCCAGCUCCUAUUGAGUGGUGGCUUGUAUAAGAAGUGGACUGCAAAAUGAAGUCUUUGAAGAACAAAAGUUGCUCAUAGUGUUGCCAACGUUUCCUUGGGAAUUUGAUUUUUGUUUAAUUGGCUUGAAAACUGUUUCAAACCAAGUCAAUCGGAAAGCCGUAGUUUCUUCCAGUCAUUUAUUUACUUUGCCCUUAAGUUGUUUGAGUUGUUCUUUGUUGGUGUCUUUACUCCGAACGACAAAAGUUAAUAAGCCAUCUUUACUUACCGUC